AAAAAAAAUCACUUUAUGGUAUCAGCCAAACCCAUUCCAAAUUCCCUUUUCAUCUCAUGUAGUGUCUGUCAUCCAUUUGCUCCUUCAACAUUCCUCCUCUCUGAUUCCAGGUUAUUUGAAGUCUGGCCUCCGGUUAUGAUUUGAUGGCAGGUUUUUGAUUCUUGGUUUGUGGAUAUGGAUUAUAGGGCAGGUGGAUCAUUGGAUGCUUUGCAUUCAGCAGAUAUGAAUUCUGACUCUGGUGAUUUUGAAUGCAAUAUCUGCUUUGAAUUAGCUCAAGAUCCUAUAGUGACUCUUUGUGGACACCUUUAUUGUUGGCCAUGCCUUUACGAAUGGUUACAAGUUCAUUCACAUUCCCACGAGUGUCCAAUAUGUAAGGCUCUCAUAGAAGAGCACAAGUUGGUUCCAAUAUAUGGACGAGGCAAAGCAAGUUCUGACCCAAGAUCUCGGUUAAGACCGGGAAUCAAUAUUCCUAAACGUCCAGUGGGGCAGAGACCUCAAACCGCUCCAGCUGUAGAUAUGGACUACCUCCGACAUGAUGAAUUUGAUUCCGUAGGGGGACUCAUGUCCAUGCCCAUGCCGAGUGCAAGGUUUGAAAACUCAACAUUAUCUGCUCUUGUUGGAGCUAUUCCAGCUUUGUUUAGUCUAAAUAAUGUACAUGGAUUUCAUGAUGCUACUGUUUAUGGGGCGACUAGCGGAGUUCCAUACCUCUUUUCUGGUUCAUUUCACGGAGGUUAUGCUCAUGGUUUCCAUCACUCUAACCACCUAGAUUGGACUAAGUUCUUUAUGAAGGUGCUUUUCUUGAUCGCCGGUUUCCUCUUAAUUGUUUCCCUAAUUUCAUAAAUACAUGUGUAUAUCCUAUAGUGUGCUAAACCUAAAUAUGUGUAGUAAAAACCAGUGCAACUUUCUUGCACGUCUUUAGGAGUUAGGGUUAUGUAUUUACUGUCAUUAAUUAGAACUAGUAUGAUCUACACCAUGUUUUUCCACUCCAAUAAAAAGAUGGUGGAGCUUUUCCUUUUAACUGUUGUGUAACCAAUUAAAAAGAGGGUGAUGUUUGGGCCUAAGUGAAUUCUUGAUUCACAUUAUCUCUAGUUUCUCUUCUGUCCAUUUGUAAACCCAUAGGGGUAGUUUGGUAGCUGGUUAGAGUUAUGCACGUAUUAAUAGUAUUAAUAAUAUAUGUACAUAUUAGUUAUGA